AUGCAGCUGCAUAAGUUUUUAGCAAUAACGCACAGUAGGGAGGAAUUAAUAGACUUCUUAGUCGAACAUAAUGUAAUUACUAAGGAAAUACAGUGUCCAAAGUGCAAUAACAACGUGAAAGUUUGCAUAUAUUGGGCCAAAAAAAAUUCAACUAAACUUGGAGGGCCAGAUAAUAUUGUUGAAAUUGACGAAGCAAAAUUCGGCAAAAGGAAAUACAACUGUGGCCGAAUUAUUAAGGGCAAAUGGGUCUUCGGUGGAUUUGAACGUGAAACAAGAAAAAUCUUUCUUGUACCAGUUCCAGAUCGCACAGAGAAAACACUGCUUGCCUUUAUAAAAGAAUGGAUCCUACCUGGGACGACGAUAAUUUCAGAUUGUUGGAGGUCUUAUGAUUGUUUGAACAGUGAAGGCUUCCAACAUUUGAAAGUUAACCAUUCGAUGAAUUUCGUCGACCCAGAGACUGGAGCCCAUACUCAACAUAUAGAACGCGUUUGGAGAGAAGUAAGAGCUAAUGUUCCUCGAUAUGGAGUACGUGAACCUCACUUGCUAGGAUUUUUAGCUGAAUAUCUUUUCAAGCGCGUUCACAAAUAUGAACAGCGGUUAAGCAGCUUUUUCAGUGUGAUUGCAGAACUAUAUCCACCGAAGAUCUUAAACGAAAAAACAGACGUCUCGGAGGCUGUAACAACAUAAUUUUAGGCCUAAUUUAUAUUUGUUAAAUCAAGUAUAACAUUUGGAAGAAAAGAUUAUUUUUUGUUUAUUUUUACUUUG